AUGGAUACCAUUCCCGAUAGGCUUUACCUUCAAAUGGAUAACUGUUGGAGGGAAAAUAAAAACCAGUAUGUUUUAAUUUUCCUUGGUGUACUGGUGAAACUAAAUAUAUUCAAAAAGGUAAUUAUCAUAGCAUAGAAAUUUAAUUACCGGUAUCUUUUUUCUAAUCGUGGAGAUUUGAUUUUGUGUAUUUUUAAAAUUUGACACUGCAUGUAGCUCCUUAUUUGCGGCCUGACCAGGUCUAACCCUACAUAGUGUUUUAUCAGUUAAAUCGGUGAAUCACUGUUGUCGGCAGUGCAAAGGCUGCCAGUCAGUCAUCUCCCAAGAUAGGCAGUAGCUGAGAAAUGUUUAGAUUUCUUUCUCCUAUCCUGUGAAAUUCAGUUAUUGUUCUCAUUAACCCGUUUGGCAGAAUAAAUUUAUGUUCCCAAAAAACCCCUCGGUUAAGAUUGUUUAACUCGGUCGAAUGCCACAUAACGCUAGGCCCGUUAGCAACCAAGGUGUUAUACUAUUACACUUUAUCAAAAAAAUGGUUAAAGUUGAAUAUUAUUAUAUGUUUCAGGUGAAGUUAAAAUUUUUAAUGAAAGGCCACACACAUGAGGAUGUCGACCAACUCUUCAGUCGGUUUGGGAAGAAACUUUCAACAAACAAUGUUGUAACAGUGAAAGGUAAACGAAUUACUUGAACAAUCUUUCCUUGGUACGGAUGCAAAAUUUGUGUCGUACAGUGUUUUAUUACCCUUUAGUGGCACUUUAGACUGUGCCUCAGGCUAAGUCCACACAAAUAUAUAAAAUGUCUUCUUUAGCAAACUAUAUAAUUAUAAUUUAAAUACUUAUUAAUCUACGUCAUGAGAAUUGAUACAAGGUAUUUCUCCUCGCCUCUCCUCAAAGGCCGUGCAUGCCUUUGUCCUUUGUUUUGGAAAACAAUUCGUACAAUUUUAACUUUUUUAUCCAUUAAAGCUAUUGCUUAUCAAUUUAAAAAACUUACACGAAGUUUCUAACUGAAGCCGAGUAAAACCCAGCAGCAUGAAAGAUUGGGGCGAGUAUAAAAAUGAAAUAUGGCGACGAAACGAAAAAAAAAAUAACGUACAGUAAUUUGUAAUUUUGCUUCGAAGUUUAAAGGACUAUGUAGGGAACAAAAGAAGAACUUUUAAAGAUUCCGAUAUUUAAAACACAGAAAUAUUUUUAUCAGUGAGUGUAUAAAACCGUUUCUAACGUAUUCAUAUUAAAUUUUAGUAUACGUUUCUAUAUAAAAUAUUAAGACAAAAAUUCAUCCCAGCCUGAGUGUAUUACUCAGUAUAGAAUCCUAUUGGCUAUACUUCUAGUUUAUAUACCUUAAAUUGUGUUAAUUUGUCACUUUAGAUUUUUUGUCUUAUUGCCUUUUUAGAUUUGCUAUCACUUUUCAAGGAGUCUUACACCCCCACUCCAGAGACUGUGUCAUUGGAUAGCAUGUUUAAUGUGAGGGAAUGGCUAAAAACCAUAAAUCCAAGCCUGCCAAUAUAUCCAACCCUCGAUCACAUUUUUGUUAUUGUGGAGAAUGGAAAAGGAGAUGUUGUGCUACGCUACAAACAUUGGAGCAGAGACACAGAAUGGAAACCUUCAAAAGAUCCAAAUAAAGGAAUUGUGAUGCUUACUGCGGUAUGUAUUUGGAAAUACUGAACUCGUGUGGUUUACCAAUAUCAUAUUAUUGGGGUUUUUUCCACUUGCCCCUGUAUAUGAAGUAUUUUAAGAUCUGAGCAAGGCAUGGUGGUUAAUUAAAGCAACAGUAUGACCUGUAUGGGUGUUUCUUCGGGGUUGGUGUUUUGCACUCAGGUGAAUAUGAUGCUUGUGAUGUUACUCUGAGUGUAUAUUACUCUGAGUGUAUAUGCCUGAUCGAGAUUUGGAGUCAUCAUGGCUCUAUAAUUAGCGAGCUUAAGAUGAGCUAAAUCUAGUGUGUGGACAUGACAAAAAGACAGUUACUUAUGCUUUUCUUUUGAAUUUGUAACCAGUUUAAAUUAGUUUUUAAUUUGUAUCCUUCUUUUUAACAAAAAGCAUUCAUAUUUGUUACCUGUGUUGCUGACACCGCAAAUUUAGGGUGUGCUUUUUGUCAAGUCUGCAUACUAGAUUUACCACAUAUGAUGGAGACUACGUUAUUUGGUUUAGUAUUUCAGAGGUCUUAGGUUCGAUUCCCUCCGUGGCCAAGCAUAUUUUUCAAGCUUGCCCUGUGUGGAUAUACACUCAGAGUAACAUCACAAGCAUCAUGAUGGAGACGUUGUGGGGUACUGGCAAAUUGUAUUUAAUCAAUAAGCCAAUUAAUUGCCAUAUAAUUUGCAUAUAUAAUAGCAUGACCAGUUGUGUAUUUCAGCAUAGGAUGUGCUCAUUCCUACAGUACCUCCAGACUACGUGCCAUCAUCACCUGACAAUGUUGAUAUAGAAUGCCUGAAACGAGACAUUCCAAAGCAUAUCGACAACUCAAGGGUUGUCACGGAUGCUCAAAGAUGGUGGUGGGCUGAAUUUUUGGCAAAUUCUGCUGAAACAUAUGGUGUUGGACCAGCAAAAUUAUCAACUUGGCUAUUGGAUGACCAGCAGCUUAUCAAAAAAAUUGGCAUUACCCGAGCUGAACAUACCGAUAACCAACAUCCAACACUGCAAGAUCAAGAGGUGCCAAAUCCAUGCAGCGUAGCAGCCCAGAUGAACGAGGUGGUGCAAGGUCAGCUUGUUGACAUUCCUGAGGUAUAAAUGUGUUGGCAUUACAAAUGUUUUAAGCUCUGUUAAAUUUCUUGAUGGCCUGUGUUCUUUUCAAACCUCAUCACAAGAAAUAAUUUAAUAUCAUAGUAGCAUAUACCUUGUAGUGCCGUAGUAAUUUGUGGUAUCUAUUAUAAUAUACAGGUUUACACAGGAUCUUACAUAAAGACUUCUGGGAUCAUUUCAGUGGACAACAUUUGGGAUUAUGUUAUGGUUGGUGGGUUUCUGGCUGUUUUCCUUGAAGGAUACAAAAACGUGCUUGUUAUUGCAAAAGUAGUAAAAACAGAGACCGAGACAGAAACAAUACAUCAUUACAACGGAUCUUGGAACAAGAAAUGGCAACCUUGGCUUCUCUCAAAUGGUGAUCCAUGGACUGAUGUCCUGCCAAAAGACUGUGCAUUUUUGACAGCAUUUGAACUUAUUGACGGCAAACUACAGCCUGAUACGAAACAACAAAUGAGAACCUUCUUGAAGCCAGCUAUGAAAGAUUAA